CUUGCCUGUUGCAAGCUAAAACCUCCCACCAGCAGCAGCACUUACCUUUCCUGGUGAUCGCUCCUUCUCACUGCUCAGACGUCCCUUGCUUGGUGCUUGUUACAGUGGUGUGUUCGUGGUGGUGCAGUGAAGCUCGUUGUAAGGUCCAGUGAAAGUAUUCAGAACUGUAGUUGAGAACAUCAGGCACCCACCACCACCACCAUGCCCGGCCACGUGAAGAAGAGCACGGGUCCCGACCCGGACCCCUCCGAAUUUCUGUACAUAUCAAUGGAAAUGAAGAUGCAGGAUGCAACGAAGCCUUACGACCCUAAGAAAUCCUGUUGGGUUCCUGAUGAGAAGGAGGGUUUCAUCGAGGGCGAGAUUCAAGGUAACAAGGGCGAUCUCAUUAUCGUUUACGCGGGAGGCGAGACCAAGAACUGGAAGAAGGAUCUCGUGCACCAAGUCAAUCCUCCAAAAUACGAGAAAUGCGAAGACAUGUCCAACUUGACCUACCUCAACGACCCCUCCGUCCUCUACAACUUGAGAUCUCGCUACGUCGCUAAGCUUAUCUACACCUACUCUGGUCUCUUCUGUAUCGCCAUCAACCCCUACAAGCGCUACCCCAUCUACACCAACCGUGUGGUCCAGAUCUACCAGGGCAAGAGGCGUAAUGAGGUGCCUCCCCAUCUCUUUGCCAUUGCUGACGGUGCCUACAUGAACAUGAUGCAACUUGUUGAAAACCAGUCUAUGCUUAUUACUGGUGAGUCUGGUGCUGGCAAGACUGAGAACACCAAGAAGGUGCUCUCCUACUUCGCCAACGUCGGCGCCACCGCCAAGAAGAGUGAUGAGAAGAAGCAAAAUCUGGAAGACCAAAUUGUUCAGACCAACCCAGUGCUGGAAGCCUUCGGUAAUGCCAAGACAGUUCGCAACGACAACUCAUCCCGCUUCGGUAAGUUCAUCCGUAUUCACUUCCAACCCAACGGCAAACUGGCCGGUGCUGACAUUGAGGUCUACCUGCUGGAGAAGGCCCGUGUGAUCUCCCAACAAUCUCUUGAGCGCUCCUACCACAUCUUCUACGAGAUGAUGUCCGACCAGGUGCCACUGAUCAAACCUUUAUGUCACCUUAGUGAUGACAUCUACGAUUAUCACUACGUGUCUCAGGGCAAGGUCACCGUCCCUUCCAUUGAUGACGCCGAGGACAUGCAGUUCUGUCACGAAGCCUUCGACAUCCUCGGCUUCACCAAGGAAGAGGUUGAACAGGUGUACAGAAUCACGGCAUCUGUCAUGCACUUCGGCGAGAUGAAGUUUAAGCAGCGAGGUCGCGAGGAGCAAGCUGAGCCUGAUGGUACUGAGAUUGGUGAUACAAUCGGAAAUCUGCUCGGCGUUGAAGGCGCUGACUUAUACAAAUGUAUUACUAAGCCCAAGAUCAAGGUCGGUGCUGAGUUCGUAGCCAAGGGUAUGAACGUGGAUCAGUGCAACUACUCUGUCGGUGCCCUGGCCAAGGGUCUCUUCGACCGUGUCUUUAAGUUCCUGGUGGCCAAGUGUAACCAGACUCUGGAGACUGGCCAGAAACGUGCGUCCUUCAUCGGUGUGCUUGACAUUGCUGGCUUCGAGAUUUUUGACUAUAACGGCUUCGAGCAGCUCUGCAUCAACUUCUGUAACGAGAAGUUGCAGCAGUUCUUCAACCAUCACAUGUUUGUGCUGGAGCAGGAAGAGUACAAGAAGGAAGGCAUCAACUGGGUCUUCGUGGACUUCGGUAUGGAUCUGGCGGCUUGCAUUGAACUUUUCGAGAAAAAAAUGGGAAUCCUAUCUAUAUUAGAGGAAGAGUCUAUGUUCCCCAAAGCUACUGACAAGUCCUUCCAGGAGAAGUUGAAUGCUAAUCAUCUUGGUAAAUCUUCCGUGUUCAUCAAGCCUAAACCACCCAAGGCUGGGCAGGUUGAAGGUCACUUCGCCAUCGUUCACUACGCUGGUACUGUCACUUACAACUUGACUGGCUGGCUGGAGAAGAACAAGGACCCUCUCAACGACACUGUCGUCGACCUUCUGAAGAAGGCCUCUGCAGCACUUGUUGUUACUCUAUUUGCUGAUCAUCCCGGACAGUCUGGACCUGCUGACGCCAAGAGUGGUGGAAGAGGUGCUAAAUCCGGAUCUUUCAAGACGGUGUCUUCCAAUUACAGGGACCAGCUCAACAACCUCAUGAAGACCCUCAACGCCACUCAUCCUCACUUCAUCCGUUGUAUCGUUCCCAACGAGACCAAAACUAAUGGUGUGAUUGACGCGGGUCUUGUGAUGCAUCAGCUUACUUGUAACGGUGUACUUGAGGGUAUCAGGAUCUGUCGUAAAGGCUUCCCUAACAGGAUGAUGUACAAAGACUUCAAAUACCGUUACAAGAUCCUGGCCUCUAAGGAGAUGUCCCAGAUUUCCGACGACAAGAAGGCCGCCAAAGUUUGCUUCGACAAGUCUGGUCUAGACGAAGAGCUUUAUCGCCUCGGUAACACUAAGGUGUUCUUCCGCGCCGGUGCUCUGGGCGAACUGGAGGAGAUCCGUGACGAUCGUCUGGGUAAGAUGGUUUCGUGGCUGCAGGCCUGGUUGCGAGGCUACAGCGGCCGCAAGGACUACAAAAGACUGCAAGAGCAGCGAAAUUCCCUCAUCGUGGUGCAGCGCGCCCUGAGGAAUUUCCUAAAGAUGCGCGCUUGGUCGUGGUUCCUCCUCUGGCAGAAGAUCAAGCCUCUGCUCAACGUCACUCGCAUUGAGGACGAGAUGCGAGCCCUCGAGGAGAAGGCUGCCAAAGCUCUAGCGGACUACGAGAACGAGGCCAGACUUCGUAAAGAAGCAGAGAUCGCCAUCGCAGCUCUUCAAGAGGAAAAAAAUAACCUUCUGGUGUCUCUCGAGUCCACCAAGGGUAAUAUGUCAGAAUAUCUAGACAAACAAGCCAAACUACAGCGCCAGAAAGCUGAGGUGGAAGCUCAGCUCGAUGAUGUAACGGAUCGUCUUCGGCAGGAAGAAGAAACUCGCAAAAAGUUCGCUGAGAGUAAGAAAGAAAUGGAGCAACAGUUGAAAAACUUGAAGAAGGAACUGGAAAACAAGGAGUGCGCUACUUACCAGGUAGAACAGGACAAGGCAGCCAAAGAUCAUCAAAUCAGAACUCUGACUGAAGAAAUUGCUCAUCAAGAAGAGCUUAUCAACCAAGUGAAGAAAGAAAAGAAACAUCUUCAAGAAUGCAACCAAAAGACUGCUGAGGAUCUUCAGUGUGUCGAGGACAAAUGUACUCAUCUCAAUAACGUGAAAACUAAGUUAGAGCAAACACUGGACGAGUUGGAGGAUUCUCUUGAGCGAGAGAAGAAGCUCCGUGGAGAAGGUGAGAAACUGAGGCGGAAGAAUGACAAUGAUCUCAAGCUGACCCAAGAAAUUGUCUCCGAGCUUGAACGCUCUCGUAAAGAUCUCGAAGACACUGUCCAACGCAAGGAUAAAGAAAUUGUUGAGCUUACAUCUAAGCUCGAAGAAGAACAUGGAAUCAUUUCCAAGUACAGCAGACAAAUCAAAGACCACCAAACUCACAUUGAAAACCUGGAGAGGGAACUAAUAGACGAGCGUCAUGCUAGAACCAACGCUGAGCAGGCAAAGACUAGGUUAACACGUGAGCUCUCAGAGACAGGAAGUCGCCUGGACGAGGCUGGAGGAGCCACCGCUGCCCAGAUCGAACUUAACAAGAAGCGAGAAGCCGAACUGGCCAAGCUUCGCCGUGACCUCGAGGAGAACAACAUUAAGUACAAUAGUACUCUCAACACUCUUCGCAAGAAACACACUGACACCGUCUCCGAAUUGUCUGAGCAAAUUGCUAACCUCAAUAAGGUGAAGUGCAAACUCGAGAAGGAAAAAGAACUACUAAAAAUAUCAAUUCAUGACGGCAAGGUCGCGCUGGACAAUGUCUCCAAGGAUAAGGCAGAGAGUGAGAAGACCAUCAGACAGUUGACUCAGCAGACCCACGAGGUUAACGUGAGACUGGACGACGCCCUGAGGACCCUGGCCGACCAUGACGGCGCCAGGAAGAAGCUGGCGCUGGAGAACGCUGACCUGGUCCGCCAGCUGGAGGAGACUGAACACAGAGUGUCUGAACUCACCACACUCAAGCUCUCACUCACCAACCAGCUGGCUGACACCAAGAAACUCGCAGACGUCGAAAUCAAGAACCGCGUUACUCUUCUGGGCAAAUACCGCAACCUGGAGUUUGACGUUGAAGGUCUUCGAGAGCAACUGGACGAGGAGAAUGAGGUGAAGAAUGACGUGCUGCGCCAGCUGUCUAAGGCUACUGCCGAGGCACAAAUGUGGAGAGCGAAGUAUGAGUCUGAGGGCGUCGCCCGAGCCGAGGAACUGGAAGCCACUCGUCUCAAGCUUGUUGCUCGUCUGGAGGAAGCCGAGGCACAGAUCGAAGAGCUAAAUAUCAAAAACUCUAAUUUGGAGAAGAAUAGGCAGCGUAUCACUACAGAAUUCGAGCAAGUUCAAGUUGAGGUUGAUCGUGCUCAAACCAUGGCAAUCGCUGCUGAGAAAAGGCAAAAGAACUUUGACAGGAUUGUUGGUGAAUGGAAGAUCAAGGUUGACGACUUAUCCGCCGAACUUGAUGCUUCCCAAAAGGAGUGUCGCAACUAUGCUACAGAACAGUUUCGUGUUAACGCCCUUUACGAAGAGAACCUUGAACAUCUCGAAGCUCUUCGUCGCGAAAACAAGAGUCUUUCUGACGAGCUCAAGAACCUGACUGAUCAUAGCAACGAGAGCUAUCUAACUCUCAUUGAAACCCAGAAAGCUUGCAAGCGUUUAGAAGCCGAGAAGGAAGAGCUUCAGUCCGCCCUUGAGGAAGCUGAGUCUGCUCUUGAACAAGAAGAAAACAAAUCGCUCCGUCAUCAGUUAGAGCUAAAUCAAGUCAGACAAGAAAUUGAAAGACGAAUUCAGGAAAAAGAAGAAGAGUUCGAGAGUACACGGAAGAUGCAUCAGCGUUCUGUUGAUCAGCUGAAAAUUUCCCUCGAAUCUGAGGCUAAAGGCAAGGCUGAAGCUCUUCGGCUGAAGAUCAAGUUAGAAACUGACAUCAGAGAACUCGAAGGUGCUCUUGAUCAUUCUAACAGAGCUAAUACCGAACUUCAAAAGCAAUUAAAGAAGCAUCAGAAUGAAGCUGGUGAGCUGCAGCUGCGUCUCGAUGAGCAGUUACGCAUUGUCGCUGAGUUCCGAGAACAGUACAGUAAUGCAGAGCGGAAAAUCAGCUCCUUGGGCAGCGACCUGGAGGAGUCCCGCACACUUCUCGAGCAAUCAGAUCGUGGCCGGCGUCAAACCGAGUCUGAGCUUUCUACUGCUCAGCUACAGCUCAGAAAACUCACUACAGAAAACAAUACUUUGACCAGCGUGAGGAGAAAACUCGAAAACGACGUGAAGACCCUUCAAAUUGACGUAGAUGAACUGGCCAAAGAAGCACGGAACUCUGAGGAUAAAGGUAAAAAGGCAAUGUUGGAUGCUGCGCGCCUGGCUGAUGAGUUACGCGUCGAACAGGAACAUUCCCAGAGUCAAGAAAACACACGCAAAGCUUUGGAAGCAACCGUCAGAGACCUGGAAGCUCGUGUUCUAGAAAGUGAGGCAAUUGCAGAUAAAUACGGCAGGACUACCGUUGGCAGAUUGGAAGGUCGCAUUCACGAGCUGGAAGGCCAACUAGACGAAGAGCGAACCACUCAUUCAGAGGCCCAGAAGAACCUCAGGAAAUGCGAGAGAACCAUCAAGGAACUCAGCCACCAGACCGAAGAGGACAGGAAGAAUCAUGAGAAGAUGCAGGAUCUGAUGGACAAACUGCAGCAGAGAGUCACUCAGAACAAAUACCAGAUAGAAGAGGCAGAGGAAAUAGCUGCCCUGAACCUGGCCAAGUACCGCAAGGCCCAACAAGAGUUGGAGGACACGGAGGAGCGAAUUCGCGCAACCACGAGCCAGACUCUAGUUACGUACAUACAGAGUACAAUAUAACAGGUGUGCCAGUAAAAGUUUGGCUAACAUACUCAUUCUGCACUACCAGUAGAGACAGGUGCAUGACUGAAGCUCAAACACCUUUACAGGAGAAAUGGUUUGGUGAUACCGACAAGAUGUGGAAAAAGACACUGACGUACGGGUCAGGACAUUUAUUAAAUCCACGAAUAGAAGCGAAACGUUUCCUUUAAUAAAUGUCCUGAACUCUACAUGGGUGCCUUUUUCUACACCUUUAUAUGAGAUAUUCAUAGAUAUAUAUGAAAAUAUAUCACCUUUUUCGUUUAACAAAUAACAUACAUGAAGGAAAUAUACGAAUAGGUGAAAAAAAAAGUUAUUAAUCAUCCUUUAUUAAUAAACCACAAGCAGUGUCCUCCCAAGUCAUUCACUCAAGCUGUCUCAAAGCUUGAGAAAGCUUACGAGGUGGAACUGUCUGCAUAAUUCAUUCAUACUGUUCUCUGUUAUCAUAUUUAUGUAACUAAAUGUUACAUUCUUCCAUAAUUACAGUUAUUAUUAACCCAAUAAUAAAAUGCGUUAGCAUUC